UUUAUUUUCAUAGAACUAUUUUUAUUCACUGCUGUAACGAAUUUAAUGAAUCUAAUGAUAAACAAACCACUGUGACAGUUCCAGCAUAUAACGCUCGCAACCAAGUACUUUGUUAAAUUAAGUUUUAAACAUACUGACAAAAAUGAACAUUGAGGGAGUUGGAAACUCGGACGAGUACAUUGUUACAGCUAUUCAGAUAUUUGAAUACUGUGGGGCCGACAGUUCAAGUACUUUACGGGUCGAUGCCUUGAUGGAUAAAUUCGCGCCUUUCAUAAAAACUAACAGAGCUGAAUACAGCUAUCUGAAGUCUUUGCUUGAUCCAGAUGAGAAUAAUCCGGAAAUAACUGUCACUAAACUAGCUGAAACUCUGAACAAAUAUAGUGAGAGUCAAAAAGUCAAAGUGGAUCUUGAAGAAAGUUUUAAUUUGAAAAGUGGACAGGUUCCACAUGAUUCAGACUCAGGGAUCUCCACAGAUGGUUUCCAACUGCUGGAGGAGUUGCAAUGUGAACUCAGAGAGAAGUCGCACCUGGCGCACCAGCUCCGAAGUCAGUUGGAUUUCACAGACAGGCAGCAUGAGGAGGCCCUUGCAGCUCUCACAGCUGAGAGAGAUUCGCUGCGGUCGCAUCUUAAUAUGUUACGGGAAGAGAACAUGACACUGUCGCACGUGCGGCGCGACUACGAGGAGGUGUGCGAGCGGCUGUGCGCCAGCGAGCGCGCGCUCGACGGCGCCACGCGCGACCUCGACGCCAGCAGGAAGCGGCUGCGGGUGCUCAGCGAGCAGGUCAGCCUGCUCGAGAACGAGAAAUUGACUCUCGGCGAGCUGCUCUCCAAGUCCAAGGAGGAGUGCCACCGCACCAACGAGAUGUACGCGAGCCGGCAGGUGGCGCUGCUGGAGCACAACGAGCGGCUGCGCGCCGCGCACGCCGACCUCAGCGCGCGCCUUCGCGACCAGGAGGACUUCCUGCAGACCGUGCUCAACGAGAAGGUGUUGCUGGAAAUGGAGCUAAAAGACAUGUUAAACAAAACGAACCAGACCCACUUGAAAUUGGACCGUUCCAUUGAUGUCAGCUACACUGAGGACCAAAUGCUGACUGCUUUGGACAGUCUCAAUGCUGAAAGUCGCUUCUCUUCUGACAAUCGCAUACUCGAUGAAGAAUCAUUCGUCAAUACAUUGAAAGAGGAGCAAGGGCGCGCAACUAACAUGUCCCUGUUCGACGAAAUAAGACUCAGCUUCUGUAACAUGUCCCGUACCAACAUCACUGAAAUAAGCUCGCACGACAGACAUUUCGAUACGUCCUUUAUCAAUGUUGGAACACAGACGGAUACACAGAAAACACUCAUGGAUGCUGAAAUUCAAACUAUCGAAUGUUAUAAGAAAGAUCUAGAAACGAAAUCGACACAAACCAUCGGCGUCAACAGAAAUGCUAUGGUACGGAAAAUAACACGGCCAAUUAAGAGAGAACCACUCGGAAGGGUGGUACACGCGAGCAUACAGACAGACAGUGUAAAUUUGAAUAAUAAUAGCGCUGAUGCCUGCAAGGAUUGCGCUAUUUGCAAAAAAUGUGAACAAUUCAAUGAAUACACGGCCCAAUUGGAAUGCGAUUUCAGAAGUUCGCACGCAACCGUUGUGAAAAUGCGAAACGAAAUAGACAGCUACGAGAACAAUUUAAAUAUCUUAAAGAGAUUCAUCGAUGAAGGCAACGAGAGGAACGAUUAUAUGAGAACAGUUGUAGAUAAUUUGAAAGCGAAGCUGGUUGUGCUAGAGCAGAAGUGCACAGAUCAAGGGGAGAGAAUUAAGAGUCUGUGUUGUGAGACGUGUGCUGCGGAAGCUCAAACCGAGUGUGAUCAAGUGUCAGUGUGCUCACAAACUGACCUGCCGUGCUCGUCUUGCGUGAAACGGAACACGCCGCAUCGUCUUAGAAGGUAUUUGUGGGAGCCGUUGAGGUGCCUGUUUCAAGUGUUCGCCGUUAUUUGCUUCCUCUGCGCCAUAUCGGUGCUAUAUAAUGUGACACAGCGCUGGCACUCGCGUUGUUCACCCAUUACCACGUGGAGUUGGUUGCAGCCACACGACCUUUUGGAUCUGCUGUUUCGUAUUGAAUAUGUCGCUGAUGUGCCCAUGUAGGCAGUUUGUAUAUGGGCAAUUUUUACUGUGUGGGUGUAGGCAAUUUGUGCUUGUGUAUGCGUAUGGGCAGAUUUUGUCCGUCUAUAAUUGGAUAAGCAAACGUUACCUGUUCCACUGUGCAAGAGUAACCCAAUACGAGUAUAAUUUACGUAAAUAAAGAAUUGUCAAUAUUUAAAUGUAUGGGCAAUUUUGACCCAUUUGCAUACUUUUGGGCAAAUUCGUAAAACCAAGAAGCACAGAGUGCUGUUAUGCUGAAUAAUUA